AUGGGACGAAUCACUUGUCAUUCUUCGAUGAUUUUGGCUGAAUCAGUGUCAUGGUAUUGUACUGUCCUCUUGGCAAUGAUGCUACUUAUGAGCAUUUGCGACACCAAGGAAGCUGUUGAUGAUUUCGAUUUGGAGUUUCCUCGAGUUGACUUGCUAGUCAAGCAACGCUGCGAUGAUAUAUACGUGGUACAAGAAGGGGAUACUUUGCAAACGAUCGGGGAGAAAUGUGGCGACCCUUAUAUUGUUGAGGAGAAUCCACACAUCCAUGAUCCCGAUGAUGUUAUCCCGGGUCUUCUUUUAAAGAUCACUCAUUUCACUACUUAG